AUGAAAACAGGACGAUCAACGCUUAUGUUAACACUUGUGGAAGAAAGUAGCAAAAAUAUACAAAUUACGAAUUUUACUCAUGAAGAGUGCAGUGGUGAGGAUAACAGUAUACCUGGUACUCCAGAUCUGUUACCUUUCCCACAACCGAUUACCCCAGCUGUUGACAACGAUAGACAUACACCUAUGCCAUCACCAGCAAAAACCCAUUGUGAACUUUUUUCAUGCAGUUCAGUUGUUUUGAAUUUUUUCAUUUUUGGCUUGUUUAUGGGUGCACCUACAGUAGUUAUUCCUCAAAUAACAAAAGAAGCUAAUUCAACGAAUGUUGUAACACUAGAAUUGACAUCUUGGUUAUCUUCUAUAUCUGCGUAUUGCGCGGUUCCGUGGGGCUUCAUUUUGCCUUGUUUAGCUCAUCGUUUUGGACGAAAAAUACUUAUGGUUUUAGUAAGUUUAAAUGUUUUAAUAGGAAAUGUUUUCUUUUAUUGUAGCAUUAAUGUUAAAGAACUUAUUAUCAGUCAAGCUAUGCAAGGAAUGCUAGUAGCAUCAGUACUAACCGUCACUCUAAUGGUUAUGUCUGAGUAUACAUCACCAAAAUACAGAGGUAUCUUUUUUAAUAUCAAAGCAGCUACAUUUUACUGGGGAGUCUGGGUCUCGAAUGUUAUUGGAACAUUCUACAACUGGAGAAACAUUAGUAUCGUCAUUUUUAUUUGUGGUUUUUACAAUUUGUCAUCUAUUUUUUGCUGCGAAUCACCUUAUUGGCUGGCUACAAAAGGAAGUUUUGAUGAAUGUACCAAAGUCCAUCGAUGGCUAAAAGGUACAGAUGACAACGCGGAAAAAGAAUUAGGAAAGCUUAUUUUUUCACAAAAAGUACAUUUAAAUAAUAAAACUAAGGUGCAAUUAAAAAACAUGCAAAGAAUUAAAAUCAUGAAUAUAAUACGAUGCUCGGAGUUUUUUAAGCCCCUUGCGUAUGCAUGUUUACCAAUAGGUUUGUACAAUUUAGCAGGUAAGGUAGCUUGUUCGGUGUACGCUAUAGAUAUUAUAAAAAAAAUCACAUCUAGUGAAGAAAUGGCAUAUAAAUCCAUGCUGAUAAUAGAUGCUGUAACCGUGGUUAGCAUGUAUUUAGGGUGUGCAUUAUCUAAAUUCAUAACACGUCGAAACCAGCUACUUAUUUUUGCUACUGCGGGAGUUACUUUCCUUUAUGUUUUAUCACUUUACUUAUACUUGAUCAAUUUGAAUAUUUUAUCAGAGAAUAAUUAUAUCACUUUGUUUUUUUUAGUCGGCUUUUCAAUAGCUAUUAGCUGUGGACCGAUAAUGCUAUCAACGUGCUGUUUAGCGGAAUUAACACCAUUAAGAUAUAGAAGCUAUUUCAUAUGUUGCCUUUCAUUUAUGGGCAACAUAUUAUUUGCAACUGUACUAAAAAUUUCACCACUUAUAUUUAAACUUACUGGAUCACAUGGAGGGUUUCUUUUUUAUGCUGUGUCAGAGUCAAUAUUCAUACUACUUUCAUAUAAAUAUUUGCCCGAAACAAAAGAUAAAACAAUUCAGGAGAUACAAGAAUAUAUAUUAAAAGAUCACAAUGCUACAGUAAAAACAGAACUAUUUCCAAUGAAUAAACCUGAAUUUAUAUCAUAA